CACUUCCUCCCGCAAGAUGUUUGAGAGACGCCCACAGACGCUCCCCCAUCCCUCCAAAGUAUCCCCCGCCCCGAUGGUAGUCCCGAUCCGUCUCCUCAAGCGUCUGGCACGCCAGACUCGUCGCCGAGACUGGCGAUGGGUCCUCGCAUAUUCCGCCCUCAUCCUGUUCUCCGCCAGUCUCUUCCUCUAUCUAUUGCUCGCCUACUACCUGGCGAACGAUCCCCGUCUGGUCCCGGCCACCAUCCAGCGCGCACGAAACAUCCUGCUGGUCACCGCCCAUCCCGAUGACGAGACCCUGUUCUUUAGUCCCACCAUCCUGUAUGGUCGGGACAAUCCCGACGUCACACGUGCUUUGUUGGUGCUGUCGACUGGGGACUACCAUGGCCAGGGCGACAUCAGGCGAGGAGAGAUUGAACACAGCUGCGAGAAGCUCGGCAUCCCCGCCGCCAGAUGCGUGGUGCUCGAGCACGGUGCCCUGCAGGACAACCCGAAGAAGUGGUGGCGAGACGAUGUCAUCCAGGAUAUUGUCGCGCAUUACGUCGAGAUGUGGAAGGUCGAUCUGAUAUUCACCUUCGACAAUGGCGGAGUAUCAGGCCACAUCAACCACCGCGCUGUCAGUGCGGGAGUCUUAAGAUACACCGAGACUUACGCCAACCCACCUCCCGUAUACGCCCUUAUGAGCACCUUUCUUCUGCGCAAGUACUCCUCGCUGGUGGAUCUGAUCCUUACCUCGAUCCCAUUUUCCUGGCGAAUUUUGAAGGCCUUAUUCACCUCCCCACCCGAACAUGUCGCCACAGGGCCCGAUUUCUACGGCGACAAGGCGCUGCUGGUCAGCUCAUGGGAGACCUAUUGGGUGGCCCGGGGGGCGUUCGGUCAGCAUGUCACGCAGUUCUCGUGGGAUCGGGUGUUGUACUUGGUCGUCAGUCGGUACAUGUGGUUUAAUGACCUGUAUCGAUUAGCUUGAGUAUUAUGAGUAAUGUUCCACGUUUCUGAGGAAUUAUGCCAUUUCAAAAUGGUGUAAAUGUUGCGUGAUAACUGUGACCUCGGCAAAUGUUGUCCUGAUGGGCAGGUAGCCUGCAUCACACAACACUAGACUUUAUAUAUCGACGCAAACAACCCACAAAAAGCAAAAGAUAAAUCCCUGAAAUUAAG